AUGGCUUCACAUAACGCAUUCUCCGUUACCGUCCACCCACACCCAUCACCUAAUCGAGGUGCCUGCGCUUAUGAGCUCGGAAAUACGAAUUCUAAGAACGCAUUGGUCUUCAUCGGGGGUUUGGGGGAUGGGCCUCACACGGUACCAUACAUCAGAACCGUGGCUAAGCAUUUGGAAAGCGCAGGUAAAGAGCUCGAUUAUUCUGUGUUUGAGCUGCGGAUGCGAAGCUCCUUUAUUGGAUUUGGGACCUCCAGCCUCAGCAACGACGUUGACGAUAUUGCCGCUUUGGUGAAGUAUUUGCGGGGAUUGGGCAAGGAGAAUAUUGUCUUAUUUGGCCAUUCGACAGGUUGCCAGGAUUGCAUGGAGUACAGCGACUAUGUCAAGCACAGCAACCCACCAGUUGAUGCCUUCAUUAUGCAAGGUCCCGUCUCGGACCGGGAAGCGAUGUCGGUCAUCUUCCCGAGCUAUGAAGAGAGCAUCGUGCUAGCAGAUUCAAUGAUCGCUGCUGGAAAGGCUGGCGACUGUCUCCCAGGCGACAAAAUUCCAAAGGCUUUUGCAGCACCCAUCUCUGCCUAUCGAUUUAAAUCUCUUGCAGCAAAGGGCGGAGAUGAUGACUACUUUUCCUCAGAUUUUGACGACACAAAGUUGGCCGAACUUUGGAGUCGGUUCAACAAACCAGUUCUAGUCUUACACUCAGACGAAGACGAGUUUGUGCCAGAACAUGUGGACCAGGCUGAUCAGAAUAAGAGGUUCCAAGGGGCAAGUCCUAUGGUUAGUCCGUUGUCAGGACUUAUUCCCGACGCGGGCCAUACGGUUGAGGAAGAGGCAGCGAGAGAGUGGCUAGGCAAAAAAGUGGUGGAAUUUUUGGGAACCUUGAAGAACUAG